AGCCCUCGGAGGGAGAUGGCGUCCCUCCUGCAGCCGGACAGAGUUGUCUAUCUGGUCCACGGGGAGAAGAGUAUCCAAGCGCCCUUGUCUCAGUUAUACUUCUGCCGCUACUGCAGUGAGCUACGAUCGCUGGAAUGUGUGUCUCACGAGGUGGACUCACAUUACUGUCCAAGCUGUCUGGAGAACAUGCCGUCUGCAGAGGCUAAGCUUAAAAAGAACAGGUGUGCAAACUGCUUUGACUGCCCAUGUUGCAUGCACACACUCUCUACUCGGGCCACUAACAUCCCAGCACCUUUGCCUGAUGAUCCCACCAAGACAGCCAUGAAGAAAGCUUACUAUCUUGCCUGUGGCUUCUGUCGCUGGACAUCAAGGGAUGUGGGAAUGGCUGACAAAUCAGUUGCUAGUGGUGGAUGGCAGGAGCCAGAGAACCCUCAUGCUCAGCGGAUCAACAAGCUGAUAGAGUACUACCAGCAGCUGGCCUACCGAGAGAAGCAGGAGAGAGACAGGAAAAAGCUGGCCCGGAGACGACAGUGCAUGCCCCAUGCAUUCUCGCAACACACUAUUCAUGUGGUGGAAAAAUAUGGUCUUGGAACCAGACUGCAGAGGCAGAGGGCUGGAGCUCCAGUGUCAAGUCUGGCUGGCCUUUCCCUUAAAGAGGGAGAGGACCAGAAGGAGAUCAGCAUCGAGCCGGCCCAGGCCCUUGAUGAAGUGGAGCCGCUGCCUGAGGACUGCUACACCAGACCCAUCAGUUUACCCGAAGUGACCACACUGCGGCAGAGGCUUCUGCAGCCAGACUUCCAGCCUGCGGGGGCGUCCCAGCUCCAUCCUCGACACAAACACCUUCUGAUGAAGCGCUCGCUGCGCUGCAGGAAAUGUGAGCACAACCUGAGCAAGCCAGAGUUUAAUCCAACUUCAAUCAAGUUCAAAAUACAGCUGGUGGCUGUGAGUUAUAUCCCCGAAGUGAGAAUUAUGUCUAUACCAAAUCUCCGGUUCAUGAAGGAGAGUCAGGUGCUGCUAACCCUGACCAACCCGGUGGAGAACAUCACCCACGUCACGUUGGCUGCCUGUGAGGACGAAGAUCCUGAUGAGGUCAACAGCACUGCCAAGGUUAUUGUUCCCAGCAAGGAGCUGGUCUUGGCAGGGAAAGAUGCUGCUGCAGAGUAUGACGAACUGGCUGAACCUCAAGACUUCCAGGAUGAUCCAGACGUUGUUGCCUUCAGGAAAUCCAACAAGAUUGGUUUCUUCAUCAAAGUCAUCCCUCAGAAAGAAGCGGUCGCUGAUGUCACCGUUUCAUUUAAGAUCCGACACGACUUCCGCAACCUGGCAGCUCCCAUCCGGCCGAACGAGGAGGGGGCGGACACUGCCGGCGAACCCAUUUGGCUGAGCCACCACGUGGAGCUGCGGCUGGGGCCGCUCGCUCCCUGAACACAAACACUAGCGUCGGGCUCCUGGAACUAGUUUCUUUAAACUACAAAGUUAAUUUCAUCUAAACCUGAUUUCUGAUUCAGCUCAUUGAUGAGACGUGACCGCUUGGCUUUGUGGUUUUAUUUUUAACUAAAAUUACCUGGGCAGACACGUUGUGAAAACUUGCGAUAGCUUUUCUUUGCUGCUGGCUUCAUAGAGCGACAUGAAACCACGUCCGACUGCAGACUAACUGAUGCACGCUUCGAGUUUAACUUCAGUUUGUGAUUCUUUGUUAGUUUCUGCUGCAGCCGAGAUGUGACGUCAUAUCUGCCACUACAGCUUCCUAUAUUCCAACCAUCAGUAAGCAGCUGUUUUAUUGUGCAUUUACUUACAGGAAAAAGCAUCCUUAUAUAUCCGUGUAUAGUUAUUGAAACAGUGAAGUUUAGUUCUGUUUAAAAAUUCCUCAUAUUUCUCGUUGCAGCAGUUAAGCACUGUUGUACUUUAAAUCACCACGACAUCUAAAUCUCUUUCUCUCUACUAUUGAUACAGAUUUUGUUUAAUGCAGUGUAAUACAUGUGAAGUAUUUUGUGGUUUAUUUGUCUUUACUAUAUGUUGAAAAUAGCUCUACACAGAUAAAACAGGUGAAAACUGUUGAGACCAAGCGAGUGAAAUCAGCGAGUAGAAUCAGAAAUCAGAAUUGAGAACAAUCUUGUCGCAGCACACACUGCACCUCUAGUUUACGUAUCCUCGACGGCAUCCUUCUCUGCAGACAAUAGUGUUGUAUUAACUUGCAUGCUUUAAGACUUAGAGAAGGGUGCACAUUAGACGGUGUCAUCUUCAUUCAGCGAUUCUCUACGGUUGACAAAAAGAUUGGUCCUGGGUGAAAAAUGACACCUGCACAAACAGCUGCUCAGAUCCCUGCUGUGCUGUGAGAAAAUCAUACAGAGACAUGUAAACUGCUACUGGGGUUUAUUAACAGUCUGCCAACAAGGACGUCAUAGUGCAUUCAUUGUGAUUCACUUCUGUUUUUGUUUUGUUUUGUUUUCCUCUCAUCUGACUGUCGGUGAGCUCUGCAGGAUUGUUCGACUGUGAGCAGGGAUCGCUCAGUCCACGGAGCCUGACCAUGAAUCUGACAGUUUAGAAAGGGGUUGUCUCAGCUGAUCCUAGGCAGACUCUAUAAUAAUGUCUGACAUCAGACAGAUGUUAAACAAUGCUUAUAAAUAACAUACAAGUACAUGAACGCUAUGAUAUUUAUCUACUGUUUUGUCUGAUUCGAAAAAAAAAGUACCCUUUUUUUGUGGACACCGCUGUCCACUGUGUGGGUGUGUGCUGUAAUCUGACUUUUUCUUCCCCCUCUUCACUGUGUACACUUCAUAAGGAAAAAAAAAACAGCUCUUCAUCAGUUUAUCUUCAGUACUGGCUAAUAAAAUAAUGCAACACUCUGGAA